UCUAAUGGCCAAUCAAAAUGAAAUGUUAUAUUUUAGUGGCCAUGGCCCUCCAUUGGGUGGCGUGAAUUGCUUUGUUCCUUUUUUUACAUACAAUUAAAUAAUCAUGGUUCUCGUUCUUGCUAUUGGCGAUUUACACAUUCCCCACCGAAGCCAUGGGUUACCCAAUAAGUUCAAAAAGCUACUAGUUCCUGGUAAAAUCCAAAAGAUUCUGUGUACGGGUAAUACGGUUGAUAAGGAAACGUUUGACUAUUUACGUACGAUUGCUGGCGACAUUGUAGCAGUAAAAGGAGAUUUUGAUGAAGGACAGCAUUUACCACAAACCAAAGUGAUUACGGAAGGUUCAUUACGCAUUGGUAUUAUUCAUGGCCAUCAGGUCAUUCCUUGGGGGGAUGCUGAGUCACUUGAUAUUACAGCUCGACAAAUGGAAGUGGAUGUUUUAUUGUCAGGACAUACUCAUAAAUUCGAAGCGUAUGAAUAUAAUGGAAGAUUCUUUAUUAACCCUGGAAGUGCCACAGGCGCCUACUCAUCUAUACCUGAAGAGACUGAUCCUAUUCCUUCUUUUGUUUUGAUGGAUAUUCAAGGUAAUACUGUCGUCACUUAUGUGUACAAGUUGAUUGAUGAUGAGGUCAAGGUGGAGAAGUUGGAAUAUAAGAGACCUACCGAGACUAAAAUGUUGUAAUAAAUCCUCCCAAGGAAAGCUUGUUAUUUUUUUUUUAUGCGGCUGAAUAGUUGGUCCGAUCAUUUAUAUAAAAGACCUUUUCUUUUUUUUUUUAUAUAUUUUUUUUUCUUUCACGCUAAAACAAAACUAUGUCAUUAUCCACAGUAACAGAUUCGGG